AUGGAGCCUACUGAGAUGGUUGUACAUAAUGGAGGGUGCCACUGCAAAAGCAUAAGAUGGCGAGUUCGAGCACCAGCCAGUGUGGUUGCCUGGCAAUGUAACUGUUCUGACUGCUCCAUGAGAGGAAACACUCAUUUCAUUGUCCCUGCUGAAAGAUUUGAGCUUCUCGGUGAUUCAAAACAGUACUUGACUACGUAUACCUUUGGUACUCACACUGCUAAACACACUUUCUGCAAGAUUUGUGGCAUAACCUCCUUUUAUGUGCCCCGAUCAAAUCCAGAUGGUAUAGCUGUCACCUUCAGAUGUGUGGAUUCUGGGACGUUGAAACAUGUUGAGAUCAAGCAAUUUGAUGGUAUCAAUUGGGAGGGUUCUUACCAUCAAACCGACAUUACGUCUUGCUCGAAAGUGCUGGCUAAAGAGGAUAAAUGA